AUGAUCCUCAAAGAGGCCACACCGUCCUGCAACACGCCCCUUCAGGCGUCCACCACGUCCCCAGAGGACAAACCCACCACCACCGCCACCACCACCACCUUGAACAAAAUCCCAACAAUCUCCGCCUCAAACGAAUGGUCCCCCCUCCACGCCCUCCUAAUCGGCCGCGCCUCUCACUCACUCUUCCCCUCCGAACCCGCACACAUGAUGCGCGCAACCAUGUCCCCUGCUUACCUCUCCGAAUUCCGUCCCUACCACACCUUCCCAGCCUCCAUCAUCGCCAAAGCCGACGCCGAACUGGACAAUUUCGCCCAAGUAAUGACGGAAAGGUUUGGCAUCAAGGUGUACAGACCGAGACUGGUAAAUUGGGACCAGGCAAAUGGAGGGAGGGGAGGAUAUACGGGUGCAAUGCCAAGGGAUGGACUGAUGGUUGUGGGGAGGAUGGUGGUGGAGGCGUGUUUUGCUUGGGGGUGUAGGAGAGGAGAGGUGGAAAGUGCUUGGGGUGGGUUUUUGGAGGAUUUGAUAAAUGAGGAGGAGGAGGAGGGGAUUAUGGAAGGGGAUGGAAAAGAAGAGGGGUUACGAAUCUGUAGAGCCCCCAGGAUUAUAGGACACGAUACCAUUUACGACGGCCUUCUGGAUCAUGGCGCCACCUCUACCUCUACCACCACCCCCAUCCCCAGCCCCCAACCCCAAAAAUGGGCAAUAACCAACACCCGCCCCGCCUUCGACUGCGCAGACUUCCUCCGUUUCGGCCACACACUAAUCGGGCAACUCUCCAACGUGACCAACCAAAAGGGCGUCGACUACUUGCGCGCAGUAUUACCCUCUCCAUACACAGUCGAACUGCUAAACACCACAGAUGACCACGCGAUGCACAUAGACGCUACCAUCCUGCCUUUACGUCAGGGAUUACUGGUUUAUUGUCCUUUGAGAGUCACGGAGGAGGAACUAAGACGGCACGAGGUUUUUAGGGGGUGGGAGUUGAGGGCUUUGCCUUGGAAUCCUGAGGUCGAAGAUGAAGAGGAUCCCGAGGAGGAAGGUGAAGAAAAGGAGGAAGGGGAGGAUGAAGAGGAGGGGGAGGAGGAUGAAGACGAAGACAAAGAGGAGGAGGAGGAGGAGGAUGAUGACCCGCCAAUGUACAUGUGUUCCAAAUGGCUGGUUCUCAAUGCGCUGAGUAUUGAUGAGAAGACGAUUGUGGUUGAGGCAAAACAGAAAAGGUUUGCGAAGUGGUUGGAGAGCGAGUUUGGGAUGGAAGUGGUUAGGUUGCCGUUUAGACAUGUGAAUAGCUUGGGGGGAUCGUUUCAUUGUGCUACUGUUGAUUUGGUUAGGGGUGAGUUUUGA